AUGUCUAAGUUCGCCAUAGCGCUGCUCAUCAGCGCUGCCAGUGCUGAAUUCUUGGGCUGUGGUUGGACCCGCUGCGUCAAUUGUACGGGUGGGCCUUGUGCGCCAGGCAACGAUCAGUGCAUUGGCAGCCCUCCGACCUACACCUUUCACUUGGCAGACACCACCUGCGACAUCAACGAUCCAAAUGGUCCCUUUUAUGACCCGGUGCAUGGGAUGUACCACAACUUCUAUCAGAUCCACUUGGCACUAGACAGGAACGGUACCGGCGACGGUCCGGACUGGGGUCACUGGGUCAGCCGGGACUUCAAAAAGUGGGCACGCCUGUCCGUGGCCAUCUGGAACGACCAGUGGUACGACAACAGGGCUAUCUACACUGGCUCAACGACCAUCGUCGACGGGAAGCCGGUGAUCAUGUAUCCGGGCAAGUGCAAGAACGACCCCUGGUGCGGCAAGGAUGGCUUUGUGUGGGCCUUGGCGGUGCCUUCCAACGCAUCGGACCCGUUGUACACCAACUGGUCGAAGACAGGUUCAGUCUCGGGGAAAAACUUCACCAACCCAAUCCUCCACAACACGGGCGAUGAUCCGUCCACCGCCUGGAAGACCGAGCACGGCGAGUGGCGAGUUGUAGGCAACCAGGCCUGCCACCCGGAAGGCGGCAAUCCCAUCUACGGGUCCAUGGACUUCGUCCAGUGGUACAAGGUCGGUUGCACUUCGCUUUCGGCCGGCGAGUGCCCCUCGCUCUUCCCCUUGCCGAAGCUCACGCCGGGCAGCGAGCGGUACCUCGAGAUGCAUGGCGAGCUCCCAAACCACGUCCACAAGGCUGGUGCAGGCCCGGACAAGGUGCAGGUGGGCACCUGGAGGGACGGCCAGCCGGGCCCAGAAGGCUUGGGCACCGUGGGCACCUGGACGCAGCUGCCCGGCAGCCGUGAGAUGAACCUCGAUAUGUAUGCCGGUUACGCCUCCAAGGACUUCUGGGACCCCGUGAAGCAGCGCCGCGUUCUCUGGCUUUGGGGCCGCAUCCCCUCCGGGGUCCAGGCCAUGCCCCGCGAGCUGACGUACCACGCCGGCCUCAAGCAAAUCGUCUCCGCGCCCGUGGAGGAGAUCCGGGAUCUGAGGAAAGGCAUCAUCGCCCAGCUCGGGAUCACGGCCCUUGAGCCGGGCCAGCAUUUCAUCCUGAAAGCAUCGACGGCCUCCGAGGUGGCACUCGAGUUCGCUAUGCCGUCCUCGGACACGAACUUCUCUGUAACCCUGCUUCCGAGCGGCGGCAAACUCGCUCUUGAUGUGCUCCAGUCGAACAGCACGCCGAGCGUGAAGGUGGGUUUCAACAAGCAACGGGAGACCCUGCCACUGCUCCCCGACGAAGAGAAGCUGACAGUGAGCAUCUUCAUCGAUGGCAGCGCUUGCGAGGUCUUCUUUCAGGACGGGCGUCUCGCGGGUAUCUUCCACAUCAAUACCACAGACUCUUUGGAGAUCGAGGCCAGCAGCGCCGCGCAGAUGACGCAGGCGGUCUCGUAUGGCAUGACGAACAUCUACACGUCCCCGGAGGAGGUUCUCGCGACCCCUCGUCUGACGGGCUCGGAAGUCGGCGUUGUCGUCUGA